CUACAAAUAUUGACCUACGAUCCUUGGCGCAAAAGUUGUUUUCCCUUUUUUGAUAUUCUUAAGCCGAACGAACCCUUACCCAUUCCUUCACAAUGCUUGCAAGUCGCUUCCUCACCAAAAGACUCAUUCCUCGGCCAGGGUUUUCACCAACUUCGGUCAUCUCGGGCCGUGUCCGGCCCAUUCAGACGCAGAACGCCCUGGGUGUUGCUUGUAUGGCCACAAUCACCCAGGCUAUUACCGACGACCACCGCCAUAUCCAGGAUUGCUACAACGAAGUGGUCAACUCGAGUGACCCGGACCACCAGCAGCGUUGGGGCAAUCAGUUCACGUGGGAACUCGCUCGUCACUCGGUGGGAGAGGAGCUGAUUCUGUACCCUGCUUUCGAGUGGCACAUGGGAACCAAAAUGCUCAAGGAGUUUCAGAGCAUGAGCUCUAGCGACCCCGAUUAUAUACCACGGAUCAAGCAGCUUUGGUGCAAGCUCGAGGACCACAUCAAGGACGAAGAAGGCUAUGACCUGCCUGCUCUCGAAGAGAAACUGACGCCUGAGCACUCUGAGUCCAUGGCGAAAAGCUUUGGACGAACCAAGCACUUUGUUCCAAGCCGCAGUCACCCCUUGGCUGGAGAGCAUCCCCCGUUUGAAUCGGUCGUGGGUUUGCUCACAGCCCCGAUUGACCGCCUUACCGACUUGUUCCGCAAAUUUCCGGAAAAGGGGGAGGAGGCAAAGCCGAGCGGGCCAAGGAUUGAUAUACCGCCAGGAAGCAAUGGUUGCUUGUUUCCUACGCCGUUUAUCUCGACGUGGCUAGACUGGAACCGGGGGUUGAAAAGUGCUUGGAACUUGUACAUGUCUCGACAAGUGAAAACAGAAAUUCUUCUCCCAUUGAAUGAGUUGCUAUCAUGCCUCGCUUUUCCAAAAACGGUACCUUAUCCAUCAUACCUAUCGUCAUCUCUAACAUCUCCAAGGACUGUCGGGGCUUGUAUGUCCCAAGAUAGAAACCGAAUCGGCGUGCCUCCUUACGGUCUCGCUCGCCUACCUUGGUAUGAUGGCUCCAGCUCGUUGACCCUCCUUCGACAUUGUAUAUACCAUAGGUAAACAUUUACACCCCAUGACCGAUCCGUGAUAACACCUGGCUGUAAUGAGACAAGGCACCAAUUAGCACAUGUAAAUAAACAAUUGUAAAUCCCCUCAUAAACAAUAACCCCAUAACGCGGUGCCUCCAUCUGGGGGUAUCUCAUCUAACUGUCGCAAAGCCAUCCGCACUUCGCCAUCUCCUCGCCGCAUAUCAUCCACAUCAUCCCGUCAGAUUCCCGUGAGAUUUGGAGAAACGCCCUCAUAAUCCCUUGAUG